AUGGUCUACCCAGCCAAGAAGCACGCGUUGAAGACGCUCCAAAAGCUCGCUGAGCUGUUACCUGCCGAGGACAAGAUCAAGCCACAAGUGAUCCUCGUCGUAGGCGAAGUAACGCCCUACCGCAACGACACCGACCGCGAACUGCCCUUCCGCCAAGAAUCCAACUUCCACUACCUAACCGGCUGCACCGUCCCCGGAUCCUCGCUCCUCCUCAGCGCCUCCUCCGCCACAUCGUCCGAGUUCCUCACGAACACGCUCUUCGUCCCGCCGAUCGAGCCGGCGGAUCUGAUGUGGAGCGUACCGCCGCCGACGGUCGAGGCGGCGAGGGAGAGCCACGACGUGCCGAGCGUUCAGCACACCACGGAGCUCCCGAAGGCGCUCGCGGACGCGCUGGCGAACGCGAGCGGCGCGCUCGUUCACGUUCUGCCCCUCCAAUCGACUAAAUUCCCGAAAAUCCCGGAGAACCUCGUAACGCUCAGUCAAGCCUCAGCCGGCUCGAGCGUCACGGACGCCUUCCUCCUCCCAGCGCUAGGCAAGGCGCGCCUCAUCAAGGACGCGGAGGAGAUCGAGAGGAUCAGGGUGGCGAAUGCGAUCUCGUCGAGGGCGCACGAGACUGUUAUGAGGGUGCUGGGGCAGGGCGUUCGGGGGCUGAUUCAGGAUGGACGGAAGGAGGGGAAGGAAGGGGAGAGGCCGUUGUUGCCGGGCGAGUGGCUGAUUGAGAAGGAGGCGGAGGCUGAGGCUGUUUUCGUUGCUUCUUGCCGUCGUGAAGGAGCCGUGCACCAGGCGUACCUCCCCAUUGUAGCAGCCUCGACACGCGCCGCGACACUGCAUUACUGCUGCAACGACCGCGAGUUCGCAUGGGGACCCGUGAACGCGCACGACCACAAGAACCGCGCACAGUUCGCGCAUGCUACAGGCGAUAGGGAGAACCGCAAGUUGUUGCCGCAGGUGCUGCUCAUCGACGCUGGAUGCGAGUGGGACUGCUAUGCCGCAGACAUCACGCGUACAAUGCCCGUAGGCAACUCCGGCAAAUUCACCCCCGAAGCCCGCGCGAUCUACUCCCUCGUGCACGAAAUGCAGCUCGCCGCCUUCGAAGCGCUCAAGCCCGGCCUGCACUGGGACGCCGUGCAGCUCCUCUGCCACCGCACGCUCGUCCGCGGCUUCCAGCGCCUCGGCAUCUUCAAGCGCCCGGACUCGCCCGGCAGCGGGUCGUGGAACGCGGAGGAGGCGAUCCUGGCGAGCGGGAUCAGCGCGGCGUUCUUCCCGCAUGGGCUGGGGCACAGUUUGGGGAUGGAUGUGCAUGAUGUGCCGGAGACGAGUAGGCCGGGGGUUAAUGGGACUGUUGCGCCGGUUGCGCUGGGGCAUCCGAGCUUUUAUACCUACUUGCGCUUGAGGUUGCCGUUGGAGGAGAAUAUGGUGGUCACCGUCGAGCCGGGAUGCUACUUCCACCAACACCUUCUCGAGCCCGUGCGCGACUCGAAACAUAUUGAUCACGAGGUUCUCAAACGUUAUGAGAGCGUCGGUGGCGUCAGGAUCGAGGACGUGGUGGUUAUCACGAAGGACGGGUACGAGAACUUGACUACGGUUAAGAGCGAUGUCGAGUGGGUUGAGGGCGUUUGCUCUGGGGAGCUCUGA